UUGCGCAUGCACUGUGGCGCCGGACGCGUAAAUCUCUGUCCAUCGGCUUUCUGGUGGCGUGUUGCGCGGCGAGGCUGUUAUUUUACACGCUGUGGAUCUUCUGUAUCCUCUUCUGUCUUCGGGUUCGUCGCAAACACCUUCAUCGGUUGCAUUCGGGUGGUUUCGUUCGCACGCGACGGGUGUCAUUGAGUUGAGGGGCGUCGGUUCUCCAAAAGCGCAUCCAGAACAAUUACGCACGGAUCUCCACCCAUCAGCGACGAGAUGUCCGGAUACCAGGGCAAGAAAAACAUCCCUCGCAUCACUAGCGACCGUCUUCUCAUCAAAGGAGCGAAGAUAGUGAAUGAUGAUCAGUCGUUCAACGCGGACAUCUACAUGGAGGAUGGCGUCAUCAAGCAAAUCGGUGAGAACCUCAUCGUUCCUGGUGGCGUGAAGACCGUCGAUGCCUACGGCAGGAUGCUGAUACCAGGUGGCAUUGACGUUCACACCCGCUUCCAGAUGCCCGACCGGGGCAUGACAGCGGCGGAUGAUUUCUACCAGGGCACUCGUGCCGCUCUCGCAGGAGGCACCACCAUGAUCAUUGACCAUGUGGUCCCUGAGCCCGGCGUCAGUCUGAUCGCUGCUUUUAAGCAGUGGAAGGAGUGGGCCGAUCAUAAAUCCUGCUGUGAUUAUUCUCUUCAUGUGGACAUCACAGAGUGGCACGGAGGGAUGCGGGAGGAGAUUGAAGCGCUGGUGAAAGAUCACGGUGUCAAUUCUUUCUUGGUUUACAUGGCUUACAAGGAUGUUUUCCAGCUAAAUGACUCUCAGAUGUAUGAGGUGUUCAGUGCCAUCAAGGAUUUGGGAGCCAUCGCCCAGGUGCACGCAGAGAAUGGUGACAUCAUCGCUGAAGAGCAGAAGAGGAUUCUGGGAUUGGGUAUCACUGGUCCAGAGGGACAUGUUCUGAGUCGCCCAGAGGAGGUGGAGGCUGAGGCGGUCAACCGGGCUGUAACUGUGGCCAAUCAGACCAACUGCCCUCUUUACGUCACCAAGGUGAUGAGCAAGAGUGCUGCUGAUGUCAUUGCCCAGACCAGGAAAAAAGGUACUGUGGUGUAUGGGGAGCCCAUCUCAGCCAGUUUGGGUACGGAUGGCUCUCACUAUUGGAGCAAGAACUGGGCCAAGGCUGCGGCUUACGUCACCUCUCCUCCCCUCAGCCCUGACCCCACAACUCCAGACUAUCUCAACUCCCUUCUGGCCUGUGGUGACCUGCAGGUGACCGGUAGCGGCCACUGCACCUUCAACACCUCGCAGAGAGCCGUCGGCAAAGAUAAUUUUACCCUCAUUCCAGAAGGAACUAACGGCACUGAGGAGAGGAUGUCAAUCAUCUGGGACAAAUGUGUGGUGACAGGCAAGAUGGAUGAAAAUCAGUUUGUGGCUGUGACAAGCACCAACGCUGCCAAGAUCUUUAACCUGUACCCGCGCAAGGGCCGCAUCGCCGUGGGCUCUGACGCUGACCUGGUGCUGUGGGACCCAGACGCGUCCAAGAUCAUCUCUGCUAAGAACCACCACUCGGCGGUGGAGUAUAACAUCUUUGAGGGAAUGGAAGUACGUGGAGCUCCUCUGGUCGUCAUCAGCCAAGGGAAGAUCACACUGGAGGAAGGGACCCUUCACACCAUUGAGGGAUCUGGACGAUACAUCACCCGUAAACCCUUCCCCGAUUACGUCUAUAAGAGGAUAAAGGCCCGUAGCUGGAUGGCUGAGCUGCGUGGAGUUCCACGUGGUCUGUAUGACGGCCCGGUCUGCGAGGUCACUGUAACACCCAAGGUCACGACCGCUGUCACUUCUGGUAAGACUUCUCCGGUCAAAUCUGCUCCUCAGCCGGUUCGCAACCUGCACCAGUCUGGUUUCAGUCUGUCUGGGGCUCAAGUUGACGACAACGUUCCUCGUCGUAACACUCAACGCAUUGUGGCGCCCCCUGGUGGCAGGGCAAACAUUACCACCCUGGGAUAAAGGCAGGCAAAAAACAUGGGGUUAAAAAAACAUGGGCUUUUUUCUCGGACCAAUCCAACCAUCUGGUGUUUGAACAAGCACACCUUCCCUUUCACCCCUUACAUUUCAUGUUUCUCGAAUUCCUGGUUCCUGUUAUUUAAAUGUGGCUAACUUGGUGUUUCAGGAUGGCAUCCCGAGCUUCUGCACUUUCGAGCACGCUCUCAAAAAUGUCACUCGCCAAGGCACUUGUGCUGUGGUGAUGUGACAAUUAAAGGGAUUUGAUUUGAAAAUCAGCUGGAAUAGUUGGUAUGACAGCAAACUUCAGUGGGAUAGCAUGCUAGUCUUGCACUUGGUGCAUAGUAUGCGAAAAGUGUGUUGCGUCUUUGCAAAUGACAUUUGAACCCAGAGUUAAUUUACUAGUUGCUUCAUUUAUGGAUCUUAUUUGUGCAUUUUGCAGAGAUUAUAUUCAAAGCGACAUUUGGUAAUGCAAAGCUGUACUUGUUUAACAGCACUCGUGAAAAGCAUGCUGAUAUAUUUUCCUUAAUUGGUGUUAAAUUCUUUUACUUAAAUUUGGACAAAAACGAACAAAUUCAUACUGUUUUACAUGCUUACGACACAAUUUGUACGGUAGUGUAUCAUUCCAAACAGCCCUUGUUUUUUAAAUCUUGCAUAUCGUAAAAUGUUUGUCAUCCUGAAAUGUAUACUAAUAACCAAGGGCGCUGCAUUUAAAGAACUGGAACCAGCAUGGUCCAUCAUCUGCCGCUAUAAGUUUAUAGAUUAUUUCUCCUUUUUUUAUUUGUUAACUUUUUAUACAGCACAAAACUAUCGCCCGAGUGGUUAAGCAUUACAACGUGCUGUUGCAAUAUCGCUUUGUUAUUUUUCCUCGUAGGAAGAGUCAACGAGUUAUGUAUUGUUUCAAAAUUACGUUUCGCAAAAGUGUCAACUCUUCCACAAAAGCCUGAUUUAUUAAAGGUCUGUAGAGUGUUGUUUUAUAAUCAACUUUUUUUGAUUACCGUUAUGAUUGAGGUUUCAGGUCAGUGCUUUUACUGUAAACACUUCUUGAAAAAUCCCUCACGGUCGUCUUCCUCUCAUUUUGCACUUCUUUAGUUUCUCUUGUUUAUCUCGGUUUUAUUUACUUGUUGUUUUCAAAGUUUACUUGUUGUUUCAAAGCAAAAAAAAAAGAAAAGAAGUGAAGUGAAUUGAAGUGAAGAGACUAACCGUGGUGUUUUGGCCGUAGUGCGCAGUCCUGUGGGGUUUUGCUGUGAUUUGAAUUCACUCACUUUUAUGCUGUAAAUGUCAAGCUGUCCGUUCCUACUCGUCCUGCAGUUCACAUGAAGGGGGAUCAUACCAGGAAGAUCCUGGCCCUUCUUUUUCAUUUUUGGCCCUUCAUUACCCCCUCUGUUGUGUUACCCCCUCCGUUUCUAACGGCCUUGUUACCAUAGUAACAGGUCUCCAUCACUUGACAUGGCUGUUGAUUAGAAACGACAGCCGUGCAGGGUUGGAGCGCCCGGCUCUGACCUCACACCAGGUGCUUUUUUCAUGCUGUGGAUCUGGGCAUGGGUUCAUUUAUUUACCUGUGACAUCCCAAGAGUUUGUCUUCACCGCCGCACCAUGGGGCAGCUACUCACCCCCUCGCAACCCCUAAAUAAACGACUCUCACCUUUAUCCCAAGGACAUUCUGCAGGUUGCAGUGACAGUGUUUAUCUGAAACGGAUUGUGUCCGGCAUGUGUAGGGUUAAUCUUGUGGAUAUUCAGUGUUACUUUUGCUAUCAUUUUUUAUUUUACUUGACUUGCCUGCCUAUUCACCAAGUGAUACAGUUCUCAAUGUCUGUUAGUAUUGUUAUGACAAGUUGAACAUUUCCCAUGAAAGAUAUGUACAGAAUUCAUUCUUCAUGUCUUUGAUUGUUACAAUAAAACGCAGUUGUGUGUCAUGGUA